AUGGCGGCAACACCAACUUCGCCCACGCCUCCGGCCCCACUGCCGAGAUCAGUAGCCCCGUCAUAUCGCACCGACGAGGAGAGGAAGGAAAUCCCAACAACCACAGCUGAAGCGACUCUUCCACGGCACAGCGGCGAUGUCGAAUCCAUCCACAGCCCCGGCCGCAACGGCGAUAUGUUCCGUGCAGAGCGGUUACAACACCGACAGCAACAGCAGCAACUCCAGGACCAACAGCUUCAUAACUUGAUGCGCACUCGCACCCUUCCGCCGUUCAUCCGUCCCGAGGGCGAGAGCGGGAGGAAUGGUUUCUCGCCGCUGCACUUCAUCCGCAUCUGCUUCCGGUCCUCCAGCGCAGUCUCAUGCGCAGUCAACGUCCUGUGGCCGGUUGUGCCUGCAGCCCUCGUGGUCCGCUAUUCGCAACCCGACUGGCACAUGGCGAUAUUUGCGCUAUCGUACAUAGCAAUGGUGCCUUGUGCCAAUUUGGUCGGGUUUGCUGGGCAAGAGCUGGCGAGGAAAGUUGCGCAUGUUUACGGUGUCUUGGUCGAAACCACCUUUGGCUCCAUCGUGGAGAUCAUCUUGUUCAUCGUACUGUUGGUGAACGGUAGUUUGACGCAAGUCAUCCAGGCUGCCAUUUUGGGGUCCGUUCUCGCUACUAUGUUGCUGUGCCUAGGUCUAUGCUUCAUAGCUGGUGGUCUUAGGCGAGAAGAGACGGAGCAUAACGAGGCUAUCAGUGAGGCAGGUAGCGGACUGUUGUUGACGGCUGGCGUUGGCCUUGCAAUCCCAGCAAUAUUUGAGAAGGCUUUGGAAGGGACGGAUCUCGUGACAUCCCAAGAGCUAUCUGAGCGAACCUUGAGUUUGUCGCGUGCGACGGCCAUCUUGCUGAUCCUUGCGUAUAUUGUGUUUGUCUGGUUCCAGGCCAAGACUCACCACGGCAUCUACGAUGCCAUAUUCGAGCAGGACGAGCAACGAGAUACGGACCGGCGGCGUGAUCUGUCCAAGGACAAACUGACCUUGCUUGAAUGCGGCCUUGCCCUUGUUGUUUCCCUUGCGCUGGUAACAAUAAUCGCCAUCACGCUCGUGGAGGAAAUCGACUUUAUGGUGCUGGAACGCGGCAUUUCGGAAGCUUUUAUGGGUCUGAUUCUCGUCCCGCUCGUGGAGAAGGCGGCCGAGCACCUCACGGCCAUCGACGAGGCUUGGGACAACCAAAUGAACUUUGCUUUGUCACACGUUCUGGGCGCGACUUUGCAGACCGCCCUGUUCAACGGGCCUUUUGUGGUGAUCAUCGGCUGGAUAUUGAACAAGCCCAUGGGGCUGGAUUUUCACAUCUUUGACAUUGCCGUGCUGCUGCUCGCCAUCAUCACUGUGGGUGGCUUUCUCAGAGAUGGCAAGACCAACUAUCUCGAAGGAUCCUUAUGCGUUAUUGUGUACAUUGCCAUCGCGGCAGCGGCAUAUCAUUACCCGAACCCUCCUCAUCUUUCCGGCGGCAGCGCAAAAGAGCACUGA